CGAGAAGUAUAUACGCGUAGCAAAUUAAGAGAAGCAUUCAUUUGCAGGAAACUAAAAUUCUCUCAUAAAUGAAAAUUGAUGCGGCGGUCUAAUAAACAGAAAGAAAGAGACAUUUUCGGCCACCUGGAUGACUGGAUUUCGAUUUUAUGCCGUUCUGAUAUUUAUUUAAAUAAAUAAAACCCAUUUUCAUUUUAACUUGAAUUUUACAUUCCGCAACGGAAUUCAGGGUUCUGAUCUUUAAAUUUUUUCGUAUUUCUCAUUAUUUUACUCACGUGAACACAUGCAAAGAAACCCAAAGAAGGUUUCUUCUUUCUCCGGACUCUCGAAAAUCUCUGUUCCACUUCAUCGUACAGAAUAUUCUUUCUUUCGUGUGUCUUGAGUUUGAUAAUCUCUUCUCCAAUCUGCUGACACGGUUGGGUUUGAUUCGAGGAGCUCGAUAUUCCCAUUUCAUAAAAUCCCACUCUUUGAAUGGGGGGAUUUUCUGACAAUGUACGUGGACUGCUUUUAGCUCUGUCGUCUAGCAUUUUUAUUGGAUCGAGCUUCAUCAUUAAGAAAAAGGGUCUUAUGAGGGCUGGUGCCACUGGAAAACGCGCUGGUUCCGGAGGCCACUCUUACUUGCUUGAACCUUGGUGGUGGGCUGGGAUGAUAACCAUGAUAAUAGGUGAGGGUGCAAAUUUUGCUGCGUAUGCAUAUGCUCCAGCCAUUCUUGUGACUCCAUUGGGAGCUUUAAGUAUCAUCUUCAGUGCAGUGCUAGCCCAUUUCAUAUUGGGUGAAAGAUUACAUAUGUUUGGUGUGGUUGGGUGUAUCCUCUGCUUGGUGGGGUCAGUUAGUAUAGUUUUGCAUGCUCCCUUAGAAAAGAAAAUCGACUCUGUCAAGGAGGUUUGGAACCAAGCAACUCAGCCAGGAUUUAUAAUCUACACUGUCAUGGUUAUAGUUCUGGUUGUGGUGCUAGUUUUUCGCUAUGUGCCACGCUAUGGACAAACACAUAUGGUUGUCUACAUUGGAAUCUGUUCCCUCACUGGCUCACUAACGGUUAUGUGUGUGAAAGCGGUUGGGACGGCUCUGAAGCUCUCAUUUGAAGGAAUGAAUCAAUUUAAAUACUUCCAGACAUGGUUCUUCACUAUAUGUGUCAUCAUGUGUUGCCUUCUUCAGCUAAACUAUCUGAACAAGGCGCUGGACACAUUCAACACAGCAGUGGUGUCGCCAGUGUACUAUGUCAUGUUCACAACACUCACGAUUGUAGCUAGCGUCAUCAUGUUCAAGGAGUGGGAUCACAAUGAUGUUACACAGAUAAUUACAGAGCUGUGUGGGUUCAUGACCAUCCUCUCAGGCACCUUUCUCUUGCACAAGACUAAAGACAUGGGUGGUGCUGGUGGUGGUACCACCUACCCCCCUAUGGCAAUGCCAAUGGCAUCCGCUACGGUCACCACCAAUGCUGACCAGAACCGCCAGGAUGGUAACAACAUUGGAAGAAGCGAAGAACCCGAGGAGGUUUGAAUGAGCGGUUAAUUUUGUUUGGUUACUAACAAAAUCAUUGCUUGGGAUGUAAGCCCCCCAAUCUAUUGUGGUGCAUCGGUUGUUCCUCUGUUCUGAUUUUGUCUCGGAAAACAAGCAUCACACCGUAUUAUGAUAUCAAAUUACUGGCAUUUUAGAUCCGGUGAAUAGUUAGCAAGUAUUAUAAAUAUAAUGAUCUAUGCUAGUUGAUCACAAUAACAAUUUAUAAUUAAAGAUGGUAAAGUCACUUCCACAAGAAAAAGGUAAUGUU